UCUCGGAACAAGCUGCCAGAUGGUAUCAACACGUCCUCUCCGGAAGACGCGUGUUCCCGGUUGAUUUAAUAUUCAAGAAUUCGGCACCCAUAUUGGAUGCCACAGUUUUUGCUGUUUUGCAAAUUCCUUUUUUUCCUCGGAAACAGAAGAAAAGAAACUUUACUUUGUAUAGUGACACAUUGGAACGCUGUGAUUUGAAACAGAGGAUAGAAGUGUUUACAGGGUUUCAGUGCUGGAGAAAGCAAAAAUGUUAUAUCUUUCAGUACAAACAUUAUUCUCGCUUCUUGUUGACGGUGUAACAUUCUUAUUGUUUAUUGAAAGUGCUGAUUGAGUGUCUUAUUGAUUACGCGUUUGUCAGAAGUGAUUAAGAAAAAAAAAUUUGGAGGAUGAUACAUUGUGUUAGUGGUGAAGUAAAGAAAAUUUCAAAUGUUAUGGAUGAAGGAAUAUAUGAUCAUCAGAACACAAUUUAAAGAACUAGGAAUAACAUUCGGAUUGACCUAUAUCCACGUGAAAUAUUCACCUUAAGGAAUUUUAAGGACUAAAAGCAAUUCAUCAAGAUGAAUGUUCAACCAACCAAGUACACCGGUCUGGUGGCGGACCUAAUGCCCAACAUCCGGCUGAUGCAGGGUGUCGGCCAUUUUCUGUUUCGCUACGUGUCCGGACCGAUAUUCAUCCGCAAGGUGUACUCCUGGUGGAAUCUGAUCAUGAUACUGCUACAAUUUGCGUCCAUAGUGGGAAACUUGAUACUGAACAUGGACGACGUGAACGAGUUGACGGCGAAUACGAUUACGACCCUGUUUUUCACCCAUUCGGUGACCAAAUUCAUCUUCUUUGCUAUCAACUCGGAAAACUUCUACCGGACGCUUGGUAUAUGGAACCAGCCAAAUGCCCACCCACUGUUUGCGGAGUCCGAUGCCCGGUACCAUUCUAUUGCGUUGGCCAAGAUGAGAAAGUUGCUCGUCAUGGUUAUGGCGACCACCGUACUCUCGGUCGUGGCCUGGGUCACGAUUACAUUCUUCGGCGAGAGCGUGAAAAAUGUGAUGGAUAAGGAAACCAACGAAACGUACACGGUGGAAAUUCCAAGGCUCCCCAUUAAAGCAUGGUACCCUUGGGACGCGAUGAGCGGCGCGCCGUACGUUUUCUCCUUCAUUUAUCAGAUUUAUUUCCUGCUCUAUUCAAUGUGCCAGUCCAACCUGGCCGAUGUUCUAUUCUGCUCCUGGCUGCUGUUUGCUUGCGAACAACUUCAACAUUUGAAGGGUAUCAUGCAGCCGCUGAUGGAACUUUCCGCCUCUCUGGAUACCUAUCGUCCCAACUCGGCCGCCCUGUUCCGUGCUAUUUCCGCCGGGUCCAAAUCUGAACUGAUUAUAAACGAAGAGAAAGAUCCCGAUAUGAAGGACUUCGAUCUGAGUGGUAUCUACAGUUCGAAAGCGGAUUGGGGCGCUCGAUUCCGGGCUCCAUCAACGUUGCAGACAUUCGGAGAAAAUGGCAUGAACGGAAAUCCUAAUGGACUCACUCGUAAACAGGAGAUGAUGGCUCGGAGUGCGAUCAAAUACUGGGUCGAAAGGCACAAGCAUGUGGUUAGACUCGUCUCGGCAAUCGGUGAUACGUAUGGAGCGGCCCUAUUGCUGCACAUGUUGACCUCGACCAUCAAACUGACCCUGUUGGCUUACCAGGCCACCAAGAUCGAUGGGCUCAACGUGUAUGGACUGACCGUCAUCGGUUACCUAGUGUAUGCGUUGGCACAGGUCUUUCUAUUCUGCAUCUUCGGCAAUCGGCUUAUUGAGGAGAGUUCAUCGGUGAUGGAGGCUGCCUACUCAUGCCACUGGUAUGAUGGGUCAGAAGAGGCGAAAACAUUCGUCCAGAUUGUGUGCCAACAGUGCCAGAAGGCAAUGACUAUUUCGGGAGCCAAGUUUUUCACCGUGUCGCUGGAUUUGUUUGCUUCGGUCCUGGGAGCUGUGGUUACCUAUUUCAUGGUGCUGGUGCAGCUGAAGUAAACACACCGCAGAUGGCAAUUUAUUGGACUGCUUUUUAUUGAAACAAUUUUCCUAUAUAUCAACUACCAUUGACGAACAAAAACGGCAAUACAUGACAUGUAGCAAAUCAAUCGCUUCAAGUGACACAUAUAGUUGUUGAAUAUUUUAUAGAGAUAGAAUAAAGUUUGUUUGGCAACAGCAGGUAA